AUGAAUCGAAAAUUUGGAGGUGGAAAGAAACCAACUGGGACUCCUUCAUUGCCCUGGUCAUGUGUGGUUGUCAUCUGUUCUCUUCUUGCAGGUGCUUCUGUUGUACACAAUAUCUAUAAACCUAACCUCACAUUGCCCCCAAUUGAUGGAGUUGAUGGAACCAAGAAGAAAUUAGAUGCGAAAGAAUGA